CAGGAUUUGAAAUGCUUUUUGGAAAUAACUUUCACAUUCAUUAAGAUUUAUUCCAAAAAUGAUACAAGAUCUACAGGUAUUACAUGUAUUAGAUUCUAGAUCUAGAUCUAGUCAUGAGUGUGUAGAAAAUUUCAGCUAGAUUUAGUUAGUGAAAAGCCUAGAAUCUCCGUGGUGUCUCUCUCAGUGGCCUGAUUCUAAUAUUAGCCCUUGUCGUACUAUGUUUAGAAACAUUUAGUUUCCUGUAAAAAUUAAAUAAUUAUAUACUAGAUCUUCAUGUAUUGUAAUGUAAUCGAUAACUUAAAAAAAAGAAGUUAAAAAGCACUCUUUUUCUAAGUAGAUUUGUUUGCUUAACGAGCCAAGGCCGAGUUCAGAGCUUUGUACUUUUCCUUUUCAGCUUCCGGUUUUCCGCCAUGUUGAAAAGACCGUGAGACGCUCUGUGCAGUUUUCUCUGGUGUUGUACUGAUCAUUAACUUUCAUGCAAAAAUGUGUUACAAUUGAUUCACCCAAUCGUUGUUGUCAUUUCGAGACUGCUGUUGGUUCCAGGGCACAAAUGUUGAGGAUGUGCUGACUGGACCGGCAGAUAGUUGUGACGAGAGAGCGAGAGAUUGUACGUCUGUAGCUGGUGACACCAGCGAGCGCCAUGGCUGGUCCCACAGUGGCCAUGUCCAUGCCGGCCACAGGGCUGGGCAUCAGUCCCAGCAGCUCGCAGGCCACCAACUUCCAGCCGCAGAACCGCUUCCCCCCUCCCCGCAUGUCACAUGAUCCCACGGCCCGCGGGGACGGAGCCGCCCCCACACAGUCAUUCCACCGACCCCCCCAUCAGUUUCGCCCGCGUUUCUCCAUGAACAAGAACGCCGACGACCCCGCCUCGGGGAUCAUGUACGACGGCAAGCGCAUGCGCAAAGCCAUUCACAGAAAGACGGUGGACUACAACCCCUCUAUUCUCAAGUACUUACAGAAUCGAAUCUGGCAACGUGACAGGCGGGACCAGCCCCUGAUACAGCCGGACGCUUUGUACUCUGCCGAUCUUCUGCCACCGUCGGCCAUGUUGGAGCGCCCAAUGAAUGCAGUCACCACCCGCUUCGUCAGGACAUCCACCAACAAAUUCCGUUGCCCGAUAUUUUGUUUAACGUGGACUCCGGAGGGCCGGCGUCUGGUCACGGGGGCUUCCAGCGGCGAGUUCACCUUGUGGAACGGCCUGACCUUCAACUUUGAGACCAUCCUGCAGGCUCAUGAGACAGCAGUGCGUGCCAUGCGGUGGAGCCACUCGGACGCCUGGAUGGUGACGGCGGACCACGCGGGCUACAUCAAGUACUGGCAGUCCAACAUGAACAACGUCAAGAUGUACCAGGCCCACAAGGAACCCAUCCGGGGCAUCAGUUUUUGUCCAACGGACUCAAAAUUUGCCUCAUGCUCUGACGAUGGGACUGUUCGCAUUUGGGAUUUUAUGAGGUGUUUUGAAGAGAAAAUUCUACGAGGCCACGGAGCAGACGUGCGGUGUGUAGACUGGCACCCCCAGAAGUCCCUCCUGGCCUCGGGCAGCAAGGACAACCAGCAGCCCGUCAAACUGUGGGACCCGCGGACGGGGGACGCCCUGGCCACUCUACACGCCCACAAGCACACGGUCAUGGAUCUCAAGUGGCACAAGAAUGGCAACUGGAUGCUGACAGCGUCGCGCGACCAUCUGCUCAAGCUGUUUGAUGUUCGAAACCUCAAGGAAGAGAUGCAGACGUUCAAGGGACAUAAGCGCGAGGCCACAGCUAUCGGCUGGCAUCCCGUCCACGAGGGUUUGUUUGUCAGCGGGAGCGCCGACGGUGCGCUCAUGUUCUGGAUGGUGGGCUGCGACCACGAGAUCGGCGGGAUCGAGGAGGCCCACGAGGGGAUGGUGUGGAGCGUGGGCUGGCACCCGCUGGGACACAUUCUGGCCUCCGGAUCCAACGAUCACGCCACAAAAUUCUGGACUCGCAAUCGACCGGGUGACGAAAUGCGAGACAAGUACAACCUGAACAACCUGCCCACUGGAAUGAUGGAGCAAGAAAUCUGGGAGUACACCAACCAGGAACCGUCAGCGAUGCCCAGCUUGCCCGGCAUGGGUCUGGAGCACGGACUGCCCGAGCACUUGCAGGUCAAAGAAGAGAAGCGGUCGGAGAACGAGCUCCCGGCCAUCCCGGGCCUGGACUGGGAAGAGGACGUGGCCCUGAUGAAGGCCGAGCACGACAAGGCGGCCCAGCGGAAGGUGCCGUACGCCAGGCCCGUGCCCAAGAUGUUCGAGGCGGCCUGGUCGGGCGAGAUCGACGUGGAGGCGAUCAAGAAGGAACAGCUGCACAAGGAGCAGCAGAAGAUGGCCGCGCAGAUCAUGGACCGCAAGUCCAGCCUCAUGUUGGCCCAGCAGGUCAUCGGGGCCGCCCUGGCCGGCCAGCUGCGGCAUCAGCUGUCGUCGGGCGAGGGGUCGGGGGUCAUGCUGCCUCCAGGUCCUAUCAUGCUAGGGGGUCCCGGGGCCCCGCCUAUGAUCCUUUCGGGGCCGCCCGGACAGCCCACCCGGACAAAUGGGACCGCAAGGCCCUGGGCAGAUGGGACCUCAAGGCCAUGGACAAAUGGGACCUCAGGGACCCGGACAAAUGGGACCCCCUGGAGGUUCCAACCAGAUGGGACCUCAAGGCCAUGGACAAAUGGGACCUCAGGGACCCGGACAAAUGGGACCUCAAGGCCCUGGGCAGAUGGGACCCCCAGGAGGUACUGGUCAGAUGGGACCUCAAGGGUCCGGUCAAAUGGGACCUCAAGGACCUGGGCAAAUGGGACCCCCAGGGGGUACCGGUCAGAUGGGACCUCAAGGGUCAGGUCAAAUGGGACCUCAAGGACCUGGGCAAAUGGGGCCACAGGGAGGUUCCGGCAACCAGAUGGGACCCCCUGGGCCCAACCAGAUGGGACAGCCUGGGUCGCAGCCGAUGGGUGGGGCCGGUCCCCAGCAGAUGGGUCAGCGAGGUCCGGCCAUGAACACGAAUCAGCCGGGACAGCAGCCCAUGGGACCCGGUCACUUCCAAGGUCAAGGUCAAGGUCACCCGCCCAGAGGGGAUGGCUCAAGCAACAUGGACAGAGAUGAGAGGUUCCCUAACAGAG